GAGUGAGUCACCUGAUAGCUACCCGCGCGGCCCGCCAGGCUCGCUCGCUGCCGUCAGUCGGGCUGCGUCGCGCCUCGGCUCUGGAUUAAUGACCGUCAGAAGCAUGCUCUCUCGGACCCUCCCGACGCCACCUGUGACGCAGAAUGUCGCUGGGUGAGAACGCGGUGUUUGCCUACGAGUCGUCGGUGCACAGCGGCCACGUGCUGCGCAGCCUGGACGAGCAGCGCCGGAAGGACGUGCUGUGCGACAUCACGGUGCUGGUGGAGGGCCAGCCCUUCCGCGCCCACCGCGCCGUGCUGGCUGCCUGCAGCACCUACUUCCACUCCAGGCUCGCGGGCCAGGCCGACGCCGAGCUGCGCAUCACUCUGCCGGAAGAGGUGACAGUUAAAGGAUUUGAGCCUUUAAUUCAGUUUGCCUACACUGCUAAACUGAUACUAAGUAAGGACAAUGUGGAUGAAGUGUACAAGUGUGUGGAAGUUUUAGGUGUGCCUGAUAUUGAGGAGUCCUGCUUUCAGUUUCUCAAAUACAAGUUUUUGGACUCCACUGCAGACCAGCAAGAAUGCCCAAGAAAAAAAUGCUUCUCAUCACCCUGUCAGAAACCAGAUUUUAGAUUUUCACUUUUGGACCAGAGGGAUUUAGAAAUUGAAGAGGUGGAGGAAUUUUUGGAAAAUAAAAAUGUUCAGACUCCUCACUGUAAACUCCGUAGGUAUCAAGGCAGUGCAAAAGUAUCUCCUCCUCUGCAAGACAGUGCCAGUCAAACAUGUGAAUCCAUGUGCUUAGGAAAGGAUGCUGCUCUGGCUCUGCCAUCUUUAUGCCCCAAAUACCGAAAAUUCCAAAAAGCAUUUGGAACUGACAGAGUCCGUACUGUGGAAUCCAGUGUCAAAGACAUCCACACUUCUUCUGUUCAGCCAAAUGAGACGUCUGAAAAUGAGUGUCUAGGAGGAAUCCAGGAUUGUGCAGAUUUGCAGGUGAUUUUAAAAUGUGAAGAAAGAAAAUUAGCAAUGGAACAUGAAGAAGCCAAGAAGAAAGGUCCUGCUUCUCAGUGCCCAUCAGGAAAAACAGAAGCGACUCCUUUUCCCCCCAGUUCUACAGACCCCCAUGGGCUCUAUUCUCUGUCUCUUUUACACACGUAUGACCAGUAUGGUGACUUGAAUUUUGCUGGUAUGCAAAACACAACAGUGUUAACAGAAAAGCCUUUGUCAGGUUCAGAUGUUCGAGAAGAGAAAACUUUCGGUGAGAGUCAAGAUUUGAAAUCUGACUCUGGCCCCAGGGAAGAUAGUAGCCUCGCCUCAAGUGAUCUGAGUAGCGUGGAACGAGAAGUGGCAGAACACCUAGCGAAAGGCUUCUGGAGUGACAUUUGCAGCACGGACUCUCCUUGCCAAAUGCAAUUAUCACCUGCCGUGGCCAAAGAUGGCUCAGAACAGAUCUACUCCCAGAAACGGUCUGAGUGUCCCUGGUUAGGUAUCAGGAUUAGUGAGAGCCCAGAACCAGGUCAGAGGACUUUCACAACGUUGAGUUCUGUCAAUUGCCCUUUCAUAAGUACUCUGAGUACCGAAGGCUGUUCUAGCAAUUUGGAAAUUGGAAACGAUGACUAUGUUUCAGAGCCCCAACAGGAACCUUGUCCCUACGCUUGUGUGAUUAGCUUGGGAGACGACUCUGAGACGGAUACCGAAGGAGACAGUGAACCCUGUUCAGCCAGAGAACAAGAAUGUGAGGUAAAACUACCAUUUAAUGCCCAACGAAUAAUUUCACUCUCUCGAAAUGAUUUUCAAUCCUUGUUGAAAAUGCACAAGUUGACUCCAGAACAACUGGAUUGCAUCCAUGAUAUUCGGAGAAGAAGUAAAAACAGAAUUGCUGCACAGCGCUGUCGCAAGAGAAAACUUGAUUGUAUACAGAAUCUUGAGUCAGAAAUUGAGAAGCUGCAAAACGAAAAGGAGAGCUUGUUGAAGGAAAGGGAUCACAUUUUGUCCACUCUGGGCGAGACAAAGCAGAACCUAACUGGACUUUGCCAGCAAGUCUGUAAAGAAGCAGCUCUAAGUCAAGAACAAAUACAGAUACUCGCCAAGUACUCGGCUUCCGAUUGCCCACUUUCCUUUUUAAUUUCUGAGAAAGGAAAGAGUACACCUGAUGGUGAGCUCACGUUACCAUCGAUUUUGAGUUUGCCUGAAGGGCCUGCAGCUGGGCCGCCUGCUGGGGAGCAGAGCCCUCGCUAUCCCAGUGCCAAGGGUGGUGAGGCGGGUGGUGCCUGGGGCCCGGAGUCCCGGGCAGCUGCCAGCGCCCCCUCGGAGCAGGCCGGGCCUGGGGAGCAGUGUCGCCAGAGUGGUGGCAUCUCGGAUUUCUGUCAGCAGAUGACCGACAAAUGUACUACUGAUGAGUAAACUUGCUUCCACUUCCUUCAGACCGUCUCAUUGUCUACUGAAGUUUUGACAUUGUCUUGAAAGCCUGACAUAGCCGUAGCCGUCUGUCUCUUAACAAUAUCAUUUUCCUCCCCCUUGUAGUUUGCCGUUAAGGGAAUUCCUCUGAAGUCAACCCUUGACUUCUCCUUGAUUUCCACAGGAGAUGCAGAAAUGACUUGCCUCCUGGAUACUGAAAAAUCAUAUGUGGAAAUGUAGUAAGGCUUUGAAAACUCACACAUCUUAAAGAAUAAUAGCUAUUAGUAAUGACUCUUCCCAGUAUUAAAAAUAAAUAAGAAAAUGAAAACUGUAGCAUAUCAAACUACAUUUAAACACCUUGAAACGCCGGCAGAUAGUUCUUAACUAUCAAGAAGUAGCCUGCAAAAGUUUAAUAAUGUGACCUUCUUACAACAUACUGGUCUAAAAGAAAACUUCUCCCCAAGUAACGCUGAUAGGGUUCAGUUCUACUGAGAAGUAGGGUGUCAGCUCCUUGGGAAUAUUGGUGUAGACCUGCAGCGUGAAAACAUGAUGUAAUCGUCUUGCCUGAACCCUGGCACUUUGCUCUUCAGCUCCUCUUAAAACCGUAGAUUGGUUAGCCUGCACUGGGAGUCCUGAGCUACGUUGGGAAUCGGUAGGAAACGGGCAAGCGGCGGGCUAAGGCAGGGGCUGCCGCUCCUUAGGGUCGACUCUCAGAGAGUUCUGGCUGCGUCCGCGGUAGAUGGGUGUCAUUUCCCUCUUCUCUCUUUUCUCUUCAGUCUCUUCCUCAUCUGAAUCCAUCAUGAUCUUUCUGUUUCCUGACAUUCUUAUCACUUUGGAAGAAGAAAUAAGACUCAGGAUACAGUGGCAUGAGCUCAUGUGUUGGGAGCAUUGUCUUAGCCUCCCUAGAAUCUUGGAGAGCUCCCCAGAUACAAGGCUGUCGGCCUUCCCACCAUAAGUCACCCAUGCAAGGAAACCAGAUAUCACGGGGUAAGAGGAUUGCCUACAUUGAUGGGGAGUGGCAGUUCAUUUUCCAUCCUAUUUUUUGAAGUCCUGUGGUUUCUUUGUAAAAAGCAUUAUGAUUGAUAAAAAUGUAUCUACAACAACCAUGCAGGUUUGUGAAAUAGGAUGAAACUUGAUCUUGUUCCAUUGUGGGUUUGAAUUUGGAAGCCAUAUUUAAUCUUGUUCUCUUCCCCAAAUCUAGUAUGUAAGGGCACACAAAUCAUUUUGGACUUGGGCAUUUAAAAUUCAGUCUUUGUGUUUAUUCAAUCCUGUUUUACUAUAGUGUUUUGAUAAUCUGAGCCCCUGCCCCAUAACAUUUUACCGUGGCUCUUAGCCAUCCUGCUGUUGUUACAGGCUUGUUUGGGAGUCAAACGAAAGCUAUGGACCUCUCAAUGACGAAAA